AUGGCAGAGGCAACGCCAGAACUCCAGUCGUCUGGCGCGUCUGACGAAGUAACAGAAAUUGCUUUGACGGACCUCAGUCAGGUGCUCGUCGAAUUGGGAGAUCAUCCCGACAAUGUCCCAUUGAUACGUAGACAGAUACAACUCAUGUUCCGUCUUAGCAUGACGGCUGAGAUCCUCGAUGCCUAUGACAGGCUUUCCUCCCUGGUUAUGCUUGACGAAGCGACAUGGCUAUCGUAUUUCGAUCUCAAAAUACCUUCCUGUCAGCAACCGCUAUCCUUAGAUGCAUUCGUGGAGAUCUUGGAAAAAUACGAUCAGGCCGAACAGGAUUAUAUCUCCGCUGCUGUCUUGACUCGUCACAUACAAUUUGUACUAUCCUGCUUUCAUGCCGGAGGACCGGAAGACGUUGCCAACAGCACAACGACCAUGGUCGAUUCAGAUGUCACCGAGUUCCUCAGUGAGGAUACCACUAGAAACAUGAUUAAGGCAUUGUACCAGAGAGGGGAAGGGCUCUUGGAUCAAAGCGAAGAAAUAUGGCAAAUAUGGUUACAAUGGGAAUUAGGGUUGUUGCAAAACGCAUCGAUCAAGCAGACGCAAAUGGAGGUAAUACACACCAUGUUCGCGGAUCGUGUGAAGAUACCUCAUACCAAUAUCGAUCAAACCACGAGUGCCUAUUCCAACUUUUGCUCUCAGUAUUGUCCAGAGGAGUAUGAGGUCCGAAUGGUAGAAUCAACCGAAAGUAGUCGAGCCGCCAAGAUGAAGCUGAGUGAGAAGCGAUAUGGCAAGACAAGAAGUGAUUUUGAGGAGCAACUGGCACAUACCACCGAGUUGAAUGCCCAGAUAGCAGUCCUGCUGGAGUACGCUUCCUGGGAAUCUGACCCACGGGCAAGGAACAAUGCUCGUGGGAAAGGACCCCAGCCCGAUCAUGAGCUCACUCAAAGUGUUUAUGAGCGAGCGGUAUCACGAUACUCUCUCGCUAGCGGGCAGUCCCAAGCGGCACUAGAUGCUGCUGAAGAAUCGCUGAGGCACUAUAGGCAUCAGUGUAAAGGGCAAGGAAGGAAGAAGCGAGAUGAGGAAGGUUCCGACGAGAUGGCUGCCAUAUAUCAGCAGAUCCAGGUUGCUGGCCAGGCUAUUAGGGCUUACAAAGAUGCCGAAGCCGCAAUCUGGGCCAAAUACGGAGGAUGGGCGGUGAACUCGGCUGGUCGACUUUGGAUACGGGCCACCAGGGCCUGUCCCCAAAAUGGUGACACUUGGAUCAACGCACUACUGAGCGAGUGUAUAUUCGAGAAAUCUCUUGCUCUUGGCCUAUUGACUGUGCCUGAAGGUCGAACCUCGGAUCUGGUAACUGUAUUCGUUGGUAAAGCAGCCUACGAAAAUCGACUGGCAUCACCAGAAGAUAUCGAAUCCUCAUCACAUCCUGUUCUAUCAACGGUACUUAGAGGAAUGGACCUGAGCGGUGAUACAACCCUCAAGCUGGAGAAAUUUUUACUGUCCUGGGCCGAACACCGCGCUCCUGCAUAUAUCGAACAAGCUUUAGCGGUAAUAGAAAAGCCGAGUAAAGCCCGAUCCUCUUCGUAUCAAAUGGUUCUACUACAUACCGAUAUCCUAAGCUUUUUCAAAGCCAUCCAACGCUCAGAUCUCGAUUGGCCGGAGGCAGUAUACGAUGCUCUGAUACAGUUCGAACAUGUGCAUGGGACACUGGACUCCCUACUUGAUGCGAGAACAAAGAUAGAGAGAGAACAAGAAAAGUUGUCGAAGCGUAGGGAGAAGGCUGCAUUGGAAACCCAACAAUAUAUCAUGUCGACCGAUGACGCCGUGGCAACUGUCCAACCAAUCUUGCAAUCUACCGUGGCAGUAGAAGCCACGAAUGCAGCUGAUACCGCUAAAGAGCCUGAAGGGCAUCAAAAACGUGAUCGCGAACACACCACCAUCCUACUGAGUGGAUUACCAAAAGGGACUACGCGUGAUCGCAUCAAUUCCCUUUUCUCGGACUGCGGAGAUAUCCGAGAAACAACAAUUCUUACGGACGAUGAGAGCAUGUUCGAUGCUGCUCUGGUGGAGUUCACAGAUGUGGAGGCGGUACCCCAUGCACUACAGAAGGACCGCAGAAAGAUUGAUGAUGCGGUGAUCUCGGUUUCCAUGUUAUGGCGUUCAACCCUGUUUGUCACGAACUUCGCUCCCGAAAUGGAUGAUGCGGCAUUGCGACAACUAUUUGGUCAGGUGAGUUGCAUCCGCAAAUUGUCACAUGCUGAUUAA